AUGACGCAUGCUCUUCCUUCACUGGAGGCUGUUCGAAGGGACGUGGGUGGUGGGGAUAAGAGCACCCGCUCACGUUUGGAGGAUGUAUUCAAUCGUCUCACGCGCGAUAGGGUGCCGUACGCCUCACACUACUGCGAGGAAAACACAUAUAAACUUAUUGAGAUCUUGUAUGCCGAGUAUGCCGUUCCUGAUGACGCUGUUUUUGCUGUUUUCGUGAGCAAUGAGCGCAAACAGACGCCUGUGUGGAUGCAGCGUCUUGCCGAAGCAGAUGAGCGGGAUCCGGUUUUGUGGGACUAUCAUGUCAUUGCUCUCAUGACGGACACAUCGGGUAAUUGGUGGGUGUGGGACCAUGACACGGUUCUGCCGUACCCGUGUUCAGCAAAGCGAUACAUAAUGGAGUCCUUCCGACCAGAGAUGCAGAUGCGUGAGGAAUACAGGCAAUGGUUUCGCGUCAUUUCUGGACGUAAGUACUUGGCGAAUUUUUCAUCGGAUCGUUCACACAUGAGGACAUCGGACGUUCCUCCCCCGCCAUGGCCCAUUAUUCAGGGUUUCUUAGCCGCUACAACUAUGCAACUACCUUUUUAUUGGAAUAUGGCCAAGCAGGAUGACAAGAAGGCGAACAUGGAUGGGUCAAUGGGAGACGCUUAUGGGAAUGUGGUGAACAUUGAGGGAAUGAUGGCUCUUGUUUCUAAUGAUUAA